GGCAAGCUAUAACAAUAACACAGCAUCAACUUAUCUCGCUCAUACGUGACAGCAUCUGCACAUGUCUCCAGCAGCUUCCCACCUCACCGGCACCGACGCGGUGGCGGAGCCAUUCCGCGUGUUCGUGGGCUAUGACUCCCGCGAGGACAUCGCGUAUCGCGUGUGCCGUCGCUCGCUGCUGCACCGCUCCUCCGUGCCGCUGGAGGUGAUCCCCAUCGUCCAGCAGGAGCUCCGCGAGGCGGGGCUGUACUGGCGGGAGCGCGGGCCGACGGAGAGCACCGAGUUCUCCUUCACCCGCUUCCUCACACCCCACCUGGCCGGCUACCGCGGCUGGGCGCUCUUCGUGGACUGCGACUUCCUCUUCCUGGCGGACGUGGCGGAGCUGGCGCGCAUGGCGGACCCUCGCUACGCCGUGCUGUGCGUGCACCACGACUACGCGCCCAAGGAGGCGACCAAGAUGGACGGCGCCGUGCAGACGCUGUACCCGCGCAAGAACUGGUCCUCCAUGGUGCUCUUCAACUGCGGCCACCCCAAGAACCGCGCCGCCCUCACGCCGGAGGCCGUCAGCACGCAGACCGGCGCGCACCUGCACCGCUUCGCGUGGCUCGACGACGCAGACGUCGGCGAGGUGCCAUUCCCGUGGAACUUCCUCGUCGGCCACAACCGCGUCGACCCGGACGAUGUCGCCGGGACCACGCCGCGCGCCAUACACUACACCUCAGGCGGCCCGUGGUUCGAGCGCUACAGGGACUGCGAGUUCGCCGACCUCUGGCUCCAGGAACGCGACGCGUGCGUGUCCGAGGAGAAUGCAGACGCCCAGAUUAAGCCUGCGGGGGCAUCAGCAGCGGUGCCACCACCGUCUGCGGUUGCCGUCGACGCAUGACACCAUGAUCACUCCCUGGUGGCCCUGUCUGCCGAGACGUACUACCUACUGGCGACGUAAUAAUGGUCGAGCCUCUGCAACAUUUUAUGUUCCUCCUGUUAUUUUCCUUGUUGGUGUGGGUCGUUCUAUCGUUCUACGUACUAGUACUGUAUUUUCUUUGAUAAGUAAGAUUAUGCUACUAUGAUAAAUAAAAUGAGCUGAUCCUGAGAUCGCUCGAGCCGGAUUGCAAAUGUUU